CAUUUUCAUCAAACCAUUUGCUAAUUCACUCAGCAAUCGGUUUGUCCACCGGAGCAUCUAAAGAACCGGCAAAAAACAAAGAAAAAAUAACCAUCAAAAGGGAGAAAAUGGCUUUUUCAAUGAAAUUAUCAUUGGUUCUCUUCUUUACUUGUUCCCUCUUUGUUCAGGGGACAUUCGCGGAAGUGCUCUGCGAGAAGUUGCCAUCGAACCUGUGUGCCUUCGCCAUUGCUUCGUCGGGGAAGAGGUGUAUACUUGAGACCUACAGAAACGAACAAGGAGAUGUCGACUUCAUAUGUAAAACAACAGAGGUUGUGGUGGAGAGGAUGGCUGGACACAUAGAGUCCGACCAGUGCAUAAAUGCAUGCGGCGUUGAGCGUGAAUUCAUUGGAAUAUCCACCGACUCUUUUCUCUCAUCAGAGUUCACCGCCCAUCUCUGUUCCUCCGCCUGCUACCAUAAUUGUCCCAAUGUUAUUGACCUUUUCUUCAACCUUGCUGCUGGUGAAGGAGUGUCUUUGCCAGCUCUAUGUGAGCAACAAAAAGAGAAUCACCGUGCCAUGUUGACCCUUUUGAGCAGCGACGGUGGCGUCGCCCCCGGUCCAGUGGCUGCUCCACUUGCCGCGCCUAUCCACUAUUGAGUCCUCGUCGUGCCGCCCAUAAUGCCACAGCUACUGCCCAUGCAGCUCCUACUCCAGUCGCUGCGGCUUUCGCCCCCAACAUCCGAGUAAUUUAUGCAAUUAGGGACUCUAUACGUAAUUCUUUGAACUCAUAAUUCGUUGAAUUCCUGUAGAGAUUUGAUUUAUGAUUGUAUAGAAGGGGAAGGGUGGUUUUAGUAGUUGUAGAUCAGAUUUUGAUUCAAUAUAUUUCUUCAAUCAUUAAUUAUACUAUAUCAUAUAUAUAUAUACAUAUAUAAUAAAAUGUCUGAAUGUUCUAAUUUUC